AUGCACUCACACAAGCUGCUCCUUUCGGGUGACAGGGCGAACUUCACUAUUAUCGAGUUCAACAGCACAGGAAAGGAGAUAAGUAUACUUGCCGAGUACCCUUCUCCAUACAAUGCUUCAUGGAUUGAAGUAGCGUCAUCGCAUGGAAAUAUCAGCAACCUAGUUGGUUUAUCAGAGGGCGAAGACGUUGGCCUGUUGUACACCUUUCAGAUUGAUCACGCACACAAGACUUGUCAGAUCACAAGUCAGCAGCCAACAUUGGGAGCACCUGGUCAUUUUCUCACCCUACGUGACAACUCCGCCCUGGUGCUUGGCACUUACCUGGGGGGUUCCAUUGCUGUGUACCCCAUAGAAAUUACCGAUGAUCAUUCACCCCUCCUAUCUGAUGAACCUCGCACAGAGAUCUUCCCAGAAUUCCCCUACAGGGACGUCGGGCAUGGUCCAAACAAGGCCAGGCAACAACAAUGUCACGUACACCAAAUCCUAGAUGGGCGGGGAACACUCUACGCUCCAGACCUGGGUUCAGACCGUGUAUGGAUCAUCCGUCGCAGCGGUUCGGUUCAGGUGGAUAUCACUGGCUGGCUGCAGUGUCCACCUGGAACUGGAGCUCGACAUGCAGUAAUAGUCCCUGAUAAUCAGAUCAUGUAUGUUAUUGGAGAGCUGUCGCAUAACGUAGUCGCCUUCGAUCUUUCGACCAUUCUCCCGGGUGCCAACCUUCCGAUUGAAGAUUUCGCUCCCCACGUUAUACCCCAGAACGUGCAUCCCGACCACCAAUUGAUGAUGGACUCAUCCGAGAUCUGUCUUCAUCCCAAGAUUCCUAACGUCCUAUAUGUCAGCAACAGAUGGGAGCGACACGUCUUGCGGAGAGAACCACAUUUGAAGAAUGUGCCUAAAGAUCUGCCACCGGGCGACGCUAUCGCCGUCAUCCUUCUUUCUAGCUGUGGUAGAAAGGUGGAAGAGAAAAAAUAUAUACGUACAAAUGUUGACGUUAUAAGAGGCAUGAGACUCAGUAAUGAUGGCAGGUAUAUGGCAGUUGUUGGUCAGGAGGGUGGAGGUGUAGAGAUCUAUGAGAUAGAGGGAGAUCGGGGCGAUUUGUGGACCAAGAUCGCAGGCCUGAACAAUGAUUUAGAGAAUGGUCUGAAGCAUGUAAUUUGGCUUUAA